AUGGAUGCCAAUGAAUGUAGCAAUAGUGAAAAUUCAGCGACAACAACAAUACCGAAAUCAGCAUCACCAUCUACAACUAUAUCAACAAAAGUUGUAAAAUUAGAUGAAAUUGGUAUACUUAUUUCACAAGGUGCAGAAGCUAAAACAUAUGAAACUGAUUUAUAUGGAUUAAAAUGUAUUGUAAAAGAAAGAUUUUCAAAAGCAUAUAGACAUCCAAUAUUAGAUCAAAAGAUAUCAUCAAAGAGAAUAUUACAAGAAGUUAGAUCAUUAAAUAAAUGUAAAAAAAAGGGAAUUCAAGUACCAUCACUUUAUUUAGUUGAUAUCGGUAAUAAUAGAAUCUAUAUGGAAUUUAUAAAAGGUGAAACUGUAAAACAUUAUUUAUACAAAAAUCAAGAAUCAACUCAACACCAAAAUCAAAUAGAAUCAAUAAUGAAAGAAUUGGGUAACCAAAUUGGUAUAAUACAUGAAAUGAAUGUAAUUCAUGGUGAUUUAACCACUUCAAAUAUGUUAUUAAGAGAAUCAACAAAUGAGUUGGUUUUCAUUGAUUUUGGUCUUAGUUAUACUUCAAAUUCUGUAGAAGAUAAAGCUGUUGAUCUUUACGUUUUAGAGCGUGCUUUCAUUAGUACUCAUCCAAAUUCUGAACAAUUAUUUCAAACAAUUUUAUCAAACUAUGAAUUAACUUCAUCAAAUUCUAAAAUUGUAAUUCAAAAAUUAAAUCAAGUUAGAUUAAGAGGUAGAAAGAAAACUUGUUUUGGUUAA